CCUCCAUUUCUGCUUUUAACCUUAACCUUCACCUUCUCCCAAAACUACACGAAACAUAGAGAGAGAGAGAGAGAGCUUUGGCACAAUCUGCAUAAAGAUGUUAAACUAUGUGGCGAUGGUGUUGUUCGCCGUCAUUUUCCUCUCACUCUCCGACGCGAUCUCGAUCCCGUCGCCGAACAGAGAGAUCGAAACAAUGCUAGUACGAAACAGCUUAAUCGGAGAAGAAGAAGAUCUGAUGCCGUCGGAGAUAAGCCGGAGAGUUCUCAUGGCGCAUAAAAGGUACAUCGGAUACGAAACCCUAAGGAGAGACAUGGUUCCUUGUCAGAAACCAGGAGCUUCUUACUACGAUUGCCGAUCUGGACAAGCUAAUUCUUACAGCAGAGGUUGCGAAACCAUUACACGAUGUGCUAGAGACACAAGCGACAUCAACACCUGAGAAAACACUUGUUUGGUCCUUUUGUGUUCAAGAGGCAAGUAAAUUAAAAGGCUUUUU